CUUGAAUGGCUUUCUGAUAUGGGUGCAAAUAGGUGCCACGAUGAAUGGGCCCAGCCCAAACUAUGAUCGAGUUAAGAAACAGUUUUGUGGUUGAAGUCUUUUCAAUGGUCUUACGUGAAAGCGUUGGUUCCACAGUGUAGUCAGUGGACGAUUCUCUUGAUGCUUUUUAACAGCGAAGGAUAAUCAUAGAAGUGAUCUUUUAGGGGUACCCAGUGAAGCGGGGACAGUAAGUGAGGAGUUUUUGGUCUGAGGGGGGUAUUUGUUGAGUAAGCCCAUCAGCACUUUCUCUUCGGGUCGCACCACCAGAGGACCCUACCUUCACCGCCAGCCAUCGUCCUAAAUCAAGUCAAGAUGGCGUCUCGGUGCUGGAGAACGCUGGGAACAGCGCCGAUUGCUUGUAUCAUCCUCUCUACAGUGUUUAUUCCAUCUAUCUUUGCCAAACCUUUCUUUUCGAAGGAAUUCAAAUUAUCAAAAGCUGAUGUGCAGUAUUAUACAACUUCGCCAGACUAUGCCUACGUCAAACCUAUUAGGUUAGGGACGAGACACCAGCGAUCGAUCGAAGAGACAUCGGUGAGGUCGACAUCAGAAUACACCGUCGAGGGAUUCGAUCAGGUGUUCCACAUCCAGCUCUCAGAGAAUAUGGAUCUAUUCAAUGCUGGUCUUCUAGUCAGGCGGAUCAAUGGGGAGGGUGAUGUGAGGAUAGAACAGCCACAAUCAGGGUGCUAUCAUCAAGGUCAUCUCAAGGACAAUGAGGACACCACGUCAGUAUCACUGAGUACCUGCAGUGAUAUGGUUGGAAUGAUCAGAACACCAGAAGCUGACUUCGCUUUAAAACCACUUAAAGAAGAACACAUUUUGCAGAUGAAAUCAGACGACAAUGAGGUACCAUCCCACAUCAUGUACAAACUAUCUCCUUCAGAUAUGGCUGCACAGCAAGUAAACACAGAAAAUGAAAGGCGGAAAGACUCAAAGUCAGAAAGGCGGGAAACAAGUGGAACAAAAUACUUAGAAACCUCGGUGGUUGCAGACAGUAAAAUGUUUGAUUACCAUGGUGAUGAUACAGAGUUCUACCUAUUCACGAUCCUCAAUCAGGUUGCAGGUCUGUUCCGUGAUAGGAGUUUGUCAACUGAUCUCCGACUACUCAUUACCAGUAUCACCAUUAUGGAGGAACCACAGAGCAAUCUAGACCUGACUGAUGAACUGUCGCACUCUUUAAAGAGCUUUUGUAAAUGGCAAAAGGGCGAAAACUCAGAUAUAUCUAUUCUUCUUACAAGGCGUGAUUUGGAGAUUGGUGGCAACGAUGCGGUCACAGGAAAGUCAAAGGACAUCGGGGGAGCCUGUGAUCCCAGCAGACGAUGCAUCAUUGCCCAGGAUCAUGGUCCAAGCGGUACAAUCUUUACAUUGGCUCAUGAGAUUGGUCAUAGUCUUGGAAUGUACCACGAUGAUUCGGAGAGUGAGUGUACUGACAACAAGAACAUCAUGGCAUCAGAGAACUCGGGAGGAAGCGAGGCUUUCAAGUGGUCUCGGUGCAGCAAUAAUGAUCUUCUUGAGUUCUUGAGUUCUGAUGACUCGCAAUGUCUUGAUGAGGUUGUGGAUGACUUCCCUGCUUACAACAGUGAGACUGUAUUGAUGCCUGGUCAUUUCUACGAUGCACUCAAACAAUGUCAGAUGACCUUUGGCCCUGAGGCUACUGUUUCCGAUGGAUACCUCUAUUCAAAGGAUAUGUGUGCAGAGCUUCAAUGUGUCCUCCCAAGUCAAUCUGAGCCAGUCACCAAUCAUAUCCCAGCGUUGGAUGGUACUAAGUGUAGCACUGCAAGAGGAGCAAUUUGUGUUCAUGGCCAGUGUUUGAAGGUUGUCAGUAUGUAUGACUGUGAAGGCGGACAAUGUGUGCCAGAAUGGCUACCUGGAUCAUUUGGUGAAUGUCAGGAUGAUUGUUUUGCUUACCGUAACGUGUUCUGUGUUGAGCGUCGUGACGAUGGUACCACAGUCCUAGUUUCUGAUUUUUCCUUGUGUCCUGUGGAAAAACCAGAUGAAAGGGAAUAUUGCUGUCAAACACAACCUGUUGUUGGAGAAACCGGAUACCAGAUCUUGAGUACGCAAUGUUCGGUGACGUGCGGGACCGGUGUAGAGACAAGGGAAGUAGCUUGUGUAGAUUCUGAAGGCACAGUGGUCAAUGAUACAUUCUGUACCGAUGAGCGCCCAUCUGAGAUGGGGGGGUGUGCUAUACCUUGCCCUGGGGUCACCUAUGUUCUCUUCUAUGGGGCAUAUGGAGACUGUUCUGUGACGUGCGGUGAUGGAGUCGAGAGUCGUGAUGCCUUCUGUAGCACUUCUCAAGGAGCCUCAGAAUCUAUUGAGAUCUGCCGAUCUGUCUUCCCAUCAGUCGUUACAGAGAGGGAUUGUAAUCUCGGCACCUGUCCAGGAACUGUGGUUGAUACAUUCUUCUAUGUAACUACUCCAGUUGGAGACUGUUCAGUAACAUGCGGUGAUGGUGGUAUCCAGCAGUUGGCAGUAACAUGCCAGAACCUGGAUGGUAUUACCGUUGAUGACGCCAACUGUGCUAAUCUCCAAAGGCCUGCUUCAUCUGUGUUAUGCAUGCUAGAGCCUUGCUCUGAAGUUUACAGAUAUGUAGCAACCACAUUCAGUGCAUGCUCAGUGACUUGUGGAACUGGACUUCAAACCCGUACAGUGUAUUGUUUGAACGAAGCAAACAGAGUCGUAGAUGAAAUGUUCUGCUCCAAUCUUGAAAGGCCAUCAGAAUCGCAAAGCUGUACCCUGCAAGCAUGUUCAAUCACUUAUUUUUAUGAAGCAGAACCUUUUCCAGAGUGCACCCUGAUGUGUGGUAACCAAGUAUUUACCCGUACUGUGUCAUGCCGUUCUUCAGAAGGUGAUCUUGUCAGCAGUGUUAACUGUGUGAACACCGGCCUGGCGGCCCCUCCCACUACCUUUGAUUGUGAGUUGGAACCCUGCGGAAACUACGUCUACUCUGUAGGAGAAUAUGGAGAGUGUUCUGCUACAUGCGGUGUUGGUAUCCAGCAACGUUCAGUGACAUGUAUUGAUCUUGAUAAUGACAACGCGACAGUUGCUAACAAUCUGUGCUCUGAGAAUGCACCAACCUCAGCUAUCCUAUGUGACCUAGGAGAAUGCCCAACAGAGUACUCCUAUCUCACGUCCCCAUACUCAGAUUGUAGCUGUGCUGGAACCCAGACUCGUAUUGUGGUUUGUAUAACAUUCAUGAAUGGAGCUCCCGUACCAGCCACAGAUAUGGACUGUCAGAGUGCCGGUAUAGAGCGACCAAACGAUUCACAGUCUUGCCAAGUGCCAAUCUCCUGUAAUCCGGUCUGGAGGUUCGGUGAAUGGAGCGAUUGUUCUGUUUCCUGUGGUAACGGUGUACGAAGUAGAGUCGUAUUUUGUGUGGAAUCUGAGCAAUCUAACGUGAUUGUACCUUCUACUUCCUGUAAUGCUACUGAAGAACCAGCCAGUGUUGAUAUCUGUAAUGAGGGUGAUUGCAUCACGUACACAUGGGUGUCGGAGAACUUUGGAGAAUGUUCUGUAACCUGCGGUGAAGGUGUGAGGAUGCGUAAUGUCCUCUGUUAUGCCAUCUCUGGUGGUACCUUUGAGGUUGUUGAUGCUUCACGUUGCGACCCUUCGUUGGAGCCACCGAGUGAAGAGAUCUGUGAUCUAGAGGAGUGUGGAGGAGUCUUUGAAGCAACUCCUUGGAGUGAAUGCUCUGUGACCUGUGCUCAAGGUGUCCAGACCCGAAGUGUAUCUUGCGUCUUGACCAAAGGAUCCGGAACCGUGAUUCCAGAGAUGGAGUGUGGCAACAUGACCCGUCCCUCCGAAACCAGGGAGUGCUACUUGGAAGCGUGCCCAGAACCUUAUGGCUGUGACCAAAGCUACCCAACAGAGGGCAGUAUAACGUAUACUCUCGAGAGUCCUGGAUACCCUAUGGGCUACCCAGCUGAUCUGGAGUGUAGUAAGGACUUGGUUGCUCCAGAAGGGAGUAUUAUCAGGAUCACAUUCACCGAUCUGCAGCUUGAAGAUGGCUGUGCUUAUGAUUCAGUGAGGCUUAUUGAUGCCGAAACCUCUGAGGUAACCAGUCUCUGUGAUGAGGUUGAUCUCCCCUAUGUUUAUGAAUCAUCUGGUUCAACCCUUGAGGUUCUCUUUACAACCGAUGCCUCAGUCAGCAGACGAGGUUUCACCGCCAGCUACCAAGCCAUUCCCGCCACCAUCAUCGAGUACAGAACUGGCGAAUGGAGCGAGUGUUCUGUAACGUGUGGAAUGGGAGUAGAAAGGCGAGAGCUGACUUGUGUUGAGGAUGGUGAAGAGGUAGAUGAUUCAGAGUGUGUUGGUCUGCCUAUGCCAUCGGUUGAACAACCAUGUAUGCUAGAUGAAUGCCCUCUCCCAGGUGCAUGCGGAGAGAAUAUCCUGCGUCGUGGUCCAGGCGCUAUCACCAGUCCUAAUUACCCAUCGGUCUAUCCCAACAAUGUAACCUGUGGGAAUACCAUCCGUGCACCCCCUGGUUUGGUCGUUAACAUCACUGUUGAUUUCCUUCUUUUUAUCAACCAAGGUUUACCAUGCGGGUCGGGUGAUUAUAUUGAGGUCAAAGAUUCAAGUUCUGACAGUAGUCUUAUCGUUUGCCAAAGCACUGAUUUAGUAAACAAAAUCUCAUUGACCAAUGAGGUUUCUGUGACGUUUUUCAGUGAUGGUAGGCCCGCUCCUAGUGGCACUGGAUUCUCCCUUUCCUUUUCCUUCGUUGAGCCUGAAGUUGAUAUCUGCGGAAGUAACGUCACAACAUCUGGACAGCCAAUCUACUCUCCCAACUACCCUGAUAACUAUGAUGAUAAUACAACCUGUGUUACUGAGAUCAUUAACGAUGAUGGAUGCAUCAGCAUUCAAUUUCUUGUCAUGGAUAUUGACAAUGGAGAUUUCAUUGAUGGCAUCUGCAGGGAAGAUUCCCUAACGAUUUCAGAUCAAAACAACCCGUCCCUUAGCCAGACUUACUGUAGCGAGAUUUCUCGGGAAUCACAUUGGCUCUCUGCAUCAGGCAACGUUGAGGUAUCCUUUACAAGUAACAGUGUGAAUACCAGCAGUGGUUACAUCGCUAUCGCAACAUUUGUUGAAUGUCCACAAGCCUUUUGGAUACCACUCCCAUUCGGAAAUUGUUCAGCAAUCUGUGGCGUCGGCAAUAGGACUAGAGAAUUGGAAUGUCGCAAUGCACUGACCAAUGAACUGACCUUUCCGAGUGAAUGUCCAGAAGAAGAGCCCCCUAGAACAGAGCCUUGUUUCUUAGAAGAAUGCCCAUCCUGUGAUGUCACCAUCACUGAAGGGAACCAAGUGUUUGAAUUCCCAUUCAACAAUGACUACUAUCUCUACAACGAUGAAUGUACUCUAACCAUCACCAAUAAUGAUGGAUGCAUCUCUCUAUUCUUCACAUCUCUUGACAUCGAUCAGAGUGUUGGAGAUGAGUGUGGUGAUUAUCUUUCGAUAUAUGACGCCCAAAACGUUUACGCCAACGAACCAUACUGUCGUUUCAUGGGCACCCCUAGUAAUGCAAUCAGCACUGUGACGUAUCAGAGUCUGGGUAGUACCGUAGAACUGACGCUAAGGACUCCAGAUUCCGAGCGUUUCAAGAGCGUAGGAGUCUUCCCAUCAUUCGGUGCAUGUGCUCCAUUUGCUUUCGUACCCGGACCAUGGAGUGAGUGUUCUGCAUCUUGUGAGGGUGGUACAAGGACCCGUGAAGUUCUUUGCUUGAAUGUCUUAACCAGUGACGAGGCGGAGUCAACAGAACAAUGCAAUGGCGGACCGGAAUACGAUGAAGUGGAAGAAUGCAAUACUGAUGAGUGCCCGGACUGUCUACAGCAAGUAAUGACUCCAGGUGUAAUUACAAGCCCUGGAUUCUCUACAGAUAAUGAAGGUUAUGAGAACAACCUGGAUUGUAUGUUCAACAUCACCAACCCCUAUAGUGAUGAAUGCAUCACCAUCUCAUUCAUCAACUUUGAUCUUGGUGAUCCAAGCGAUAACUGCUCAGAUUAUAUCCAGAUUAGCGACAGGGCAGGUGAUGUUGAUGCCGUAUAUUGUGGUCUAGAGGAGAAUGUCACUGCUCCUGUGUUUUAUUCUCGCUCUGCCUAUGUUGAGGUUGUCUUCAUAACCAACGAGGAAGACAGGAACGCUGGAUUUGAAGCUCUCGUCGGUUUCACGUCUUGUCCAGAAUUUGGAUUCUUCGCCGGAAACUUCAGCGAGUGUUCUGUCACCUGUGGAGAAGGUUUUGAAUACCGUACGGUAGAAUGUCGCCGUUUCUCUGACGGUAUAGUCGUAGUCGAUGAGAUCUGUCGAGAUCAGAAGCCGGCUGAUUCUAGACCAUGCAGCCGACCUGAAUGCCCAUCUUGUGACAGGGUACUUACUGAGGAGGGAAUCUUCACCAGUCCCAAUAGCCCAGACAACUAUGAUGAUAACCAGGAAUGUGAAUACACUCUAAUAGCCCCUCAGGAUGAAUGUGUCCGAGUCUCAUUCAUUGGAACAUUUGAUCUUGGAGAAAACACAGAAGACUGUGAAAAUGGCGACUACGUUACGCUUUCUGAUGAGAAUUGGGAGUAUAUCGAGGCUACAUACUGCCGGGAAGGAUUGCCACCCAUAUGGCGCUCAAGGACUAACGAGUCCUCUCUCACUUUCUAUUCCAAUGAACGUGAUAACUUCAAGGGUUUCACUGCUUUCCUGGCGUUUGUUACAUGCCCACAGUAUGGAUUUACUGUUGGAGAAUAUGGAGAGUGUGACGUGACCUGUGGAUCAGGUAUUCAGACUCGUGAUGUACAAUGUUCUGAUCUCACUACUGGAGAGCGUGUAAAUAUGGGUUUGUGUACUGACCCAAUGCCAGCUACUGCCAAGGAGUGUAACGAUGAACCAUGUCCGACUUGUAGUGAGACGUUCACAACUAAUGGUGUUACUAUCACACGGGAAGAUUUCAUGGAGGAUGAAUACUGCGUCUACAACAUCACAUCUUUAGAAGGGCUCUGUGUGAGGUUGUAUCUUAUCACAUGGAAUCUAUCACCACCACCUAAUAGAGAAUUCCGAUGUGUAGGGGAUUCUCUGACGUUUACUGAUGCGGCUUACCCGUACCGAUCCGGUACCGUGUGUGGUGAAAGCGAGCAGCUACAAGAGACUGUCACCUAUGGUUCAACCGGUUUGAUCUACUUUGAAGCAGAUGAUGUAGACAAUGGAGGAAAUUUCCAAAUAUUUGCCCAAUUUGAAGAAUGCUCCGAAUAUGGCUAUGCAGUUACCAACUAUUCUGAGUGUUCUGAAACAUGCGGAUUGGGGUACAGAUCGCGUGAUGUGUUCUGUACGCUUCUAGAGACUGGGGAAAUGGUUGGCGAAGGGAACUGCACAGAAGACGCUCCACCUGCUCUUCAAGCAUGCAUCUUAGAACCAUGUUUUGAUUGCAACUUACGUUCAAAUGAGUCCGCAACCAUUGUAUCUCCUGGUUACCCUGAAAACUACUCAUCAGACCUAGUUUGCAACUAUUUCUUUGAUAACCCUGAUGAAGGUCAAUGCUGGGAGAUCGUUCCUAAUGACUUCAACCUGUAUGAUGGGUCUAAUAGCACUUGUAGCGAUGGAUUCUAUGUUACAGACGUGGGCUUCCCUGAACGUGAAUCUUACCCAGCAUGUGGUAGCGAUCUUCCUCGUAUAGUGACCUUCUCCUCAAAAUUACAGAUAACCUUCUACACUAAUGAUGAAGGUGAAAGCAGAGGAUUCAAUGUCAGUAUAAACAGUGUUCCAUGCCCUCAAUAUGGAUACCUGGCAGGACCGUAUGAAGAGUGUUCAGUCACCUGCGGUGAAGGAUUGUCAUUCAGAAAUGUAACAUGCCAGGAUUUAGAUACGAGAGAGGCCGUCAACGAAUCUCUAUGUGAAGAUAUAAAGCCUGAUGAUGCCAGGCCUUGCUAUCGUGGACCUUGCCCAACUUGUGAUGCAUUCAUAUAUGAGGAUGCUCAGUACAUCAAUAGUCCCAACUUUCCAGAUACAUAUGAGGGUGAUCUAAAUUGUACUACCAUCAUCACAGCACCGCAGGGAAUGUGUAUUAAUCUUUUCAUCAUCUCUUUGGAGCUUCCUGAACCUGACAUGUAUGCGGGUUGCUUUGGAUCAGAUUAUCUUCUGUUUAUUGAUGCCAUCUCAUCCGAAGCUCCAUACUUUGACUUGGACCAGGUGUACUGUGGAAGUGAAGAAGCCGUUCUCUGGUACUCGGCUCAAAACAUUGCUAUUCUUACCUUCUUUUCUACCGAGGGUGGAUUCCCGGGAUACCAGAUCUAUUCUUCCUUUGUUAACUGUCAGCAGUACUUCUAUGCUGUCAUGCCAUUUGGAGAGUGCUCCGUGACGUGCGGCCUUGGGGAAUUGAGGCGUGAAAUCUUUUGCGUGGAUCGGAACGCCAAUUACAGCAUUGUAAACGAUUCAUUUUGUGCAUCGGAUACACGACCUGUAGAAACUGUUCCAUGCUAUCCUGAUGAUUGUCCAAUAGGUUGUGAUUUAUUUGUGACUGAUAACAAUCAAACAGUUGCAACUGAUGAUUCGGUAGAACAAAUUUGUGAGGUCGGCUAUCUCAACCCUGAAGAUGGUUGUAUCAGAUUUGAUAUUGUUCUUGACUUACCGGAGCCUAAUGAAGAAGGAGAAUGUGAAGAUGGUUCAUAUGUCACGUAUAUUGAGGAUGCCGAAUACGGCCGUGAGAUUAUCAGCUGUGGAAACACGUCGUUUAGCUUAACGUCACGAUCCAACAAUUCUCUCUUGACGCUUUUCUCAAGCGGCGAGGGAUCCUCCAGUGUGUCAGUGAUCAAUACCUUUGUUGAAUGCCCAUUGUAUGGUUUCAUUGCAGGGGAAGAGUAUGAUGAGUGUUCUGCAAGCUGCGAUGGUGGCUUCCAGAUGAGGACUGUGAGCUGUACUGAGCUAGCUAGCGGAACGGUGGUUAAUGAUUCAUUCUGUGAAGACGAGCGCCCAGAGGAUACCAGACCAUGUAAUGAGAAUCCUUGUCCAACCUGUGAUCGGUACAUCAACGCCACUGAUAUCAUUCGUCAAAGGUCAUCUGAAUCUAACGACGAAUGUGUCUAUACUGUUGAUGUUGCGGAUAGUUGUAUUGCAGUUAGUUUCUUAUCCUUUUCCCUGCAAGAUGAAAUGGAUGGAGAAUGCUCAGAGAACAUGCAUAUCAGAGACCUGGCUCCUUACACAGAUGAGUUGGACGAAACAUUCUGUGGUGAUGGUCCUCCUCUUGGCUAUCAGUGGCUCUCCCGUAGCGGUCAAGUUCAGAUCAGAUAUGAUUCCGCUGGUCAACAAGGAGCCGACUAUAAUCUCUUUGUCAGGGUUUUACCGUGCCCUCAAUAUGGGUUUAUCUAUGGCAAUUAUUCUGAGUGUUCGGUAACCUGCGGAGAGGGUGUUCAGACCCGGGAUGUUUCUUGUGUAGAGCUUGACAAUGGUGUACCAGGCAAUGUAACAUCAGAUAGCCAGUGUAAUGACCCACGUCCAGAUUCAACUGUGGAAUGUGAACUGGAUCAAUGUCCAAGUUGUGACCGUAAUUAUACCUUAUCAAGUUCCACCAGUUCCAUCAUUGUAAACAGUGAUAGACCUUAUUCCCGCCUGUCGAUGUGUACUAAUACUAUAACGGCUGAUGAUGGCAUGUGUAUCCGUGUUAACUUUGCUUCUCUUGAUAUCGAGGAUUCAGAAGAUUGCGUCAAUGAUUCAUUACUUGUGGUUGAUCCAAACAACACUGCCAUCAAUUUCAGUGUGUGUGGUAGCGGUACUGUGCAACCUAUCUUCAGUACUAGCAACAUGUUGACUUUGACACUCUCUACCAACGGAGCCAUAGAAGGAAUGGGCUAUGCUGCCAUUGCCAACAGGAUUGACUGCCCUGAUGUUGUCUGGUCUACCACUAAUGUCGGCUCAUGCUCGGUGACGUGUGGAGUAGGAGUACAGUCAAGGAACGUGUUUUGCAUGAACAACCUGAAUGGAAGACGGUUCUUACAAGAAGAAAGUUGCACUGGUGAACGACCAGCGGACGAGGUACCAUGUGAUAUGGGUGAUUGCCCUCAAGCUUGUAAUCAAGUGUUUAUCGGUGAAGAAGAAACCGAGUUGACGUCACCCGGCUACCCAGGCCCUUACGAGAACGAUACAGUCUGUCCAAAUACAUACGUGUCCCUCAUGACUUGCUUGGCUGUGGUUGUUGCAGAUAUCGAUCUUGGACCAGCAGAAAACUGCCAGAAUGAUUAUAUUGAAAUAUUCGAUUCUACUAUUGACAUGAGCGUGACCAGGAUCCGCCUUUGUGGAAACGAGCUUCCUGAAAACAAUCUCUGGGUUGGCCGUACGACUCCUUUCUUCAUUCGAUUCACCUCAGACGAGAGUGGUAAUUACGGUGGAUAUAACCUGUCCCUCAGCUAUGUGCCAUGCCCCAUGCAAGGAUUUACUGUUGGCGAGUUUGGUGAGUGUUCAGCCACUUGUCGUUCUGGAGAGAGGACGCGUAAUGUAACAUGUGAGGACAGCAUGGGCCGUAUACUCCCAGACUCUUCUUGCUGGGGACAGCGCCCUCUAUCAUCAGAACCUUGCGGAACGAACUGCACUUACAAUGUCAGGGAAGAGUGGUCACCAUGCUCUGUUACUUGCGGUUCUGGUGUUCAAGAGCGAAACGUAUCAUGCGUAGACAACUUUGGUAAUCCUGUUAACAUUAGCCUUUGCAACAUAGAUGUAAUGAAUGUCACAAGGCGACAAUGCAAUCUAACUGAGUGCCCUGCACCUGUUGAUGGUAAUUUUACUCAGUGGACUACAUGGUCCAGUUGUUCAGCUAGCUGUGGAAUUGGCUCCCAAAUACGAAGGAGAACAUGCACCAAUCCUCCACCAUCAAAUGGUGGUCGAUUCUGUAUCGGUCAAUCAUUUGUGGCUCGAGCUUGUAACCCACAACCUUGUCCACCACCAGUUGAUGGUAACUUUACUCGGUGGUCUGCAUGGAGUAGCUGUUCAGAAUCAUGUGGAAAUGGCACCCAAACACGAAAUAGAACAUGCACCGAUCCUCCACCUUCCAACGGUGGUGCAGACUGUACUGGUCCAUCAACUGAGACUCAAGUUUGUAACACACAGGCCUGUCCAGCUCCAGUUGACGGUAACUUUACUCAGUGGAGUACAUGGACCGUUUGUACAGUGACAUGUGGUACUGGUGUCCAAUUGAGAACUAGAACUUGUACCAAUCCUCCACCAUCUAAUGGCGGUGCUAGCUGUACAGGUCCGUUAUUUGAGAAUCGACCAUGUAACACACAGUCCUGCCCACCUCCAGUUAAUGGUGACUUUACUCAGUGGGGUGCAUUUAGUGAAUGUUCAGUUAGCUGUGGAAAUGGCACCCAAACACGAAGAAGAUUAUGCGCCAAUCCUCCACCUUCAAAUGGUGGUGCAGACUGUACUGGUCCAUCAACUGAGACUCAAGUUUGUAACACACAAGCCUGUCCAGCUCCAGUUGAUGGUAACUUUACUCAGUGGUCUACAUGGAGUAGCUGUUCAGAAUCAUGUGGAAAUGGCACCCAAACACGAAAUAGAACAUGCACCGAUCCUCCACCUUCAAACGGUGGUGCAGACUGUACUGAUCCAUCAACUGAGACUCAAGUUUGUAACACACAAGCCUGUCCAGCUCCAGAUUGCAACAAUACCAUAGAUGGAGCAACAACCGUAUCUGGGAAUCUAACCAGCCCCAACUAUCCUGAUGCUUCACCAGCUGAUCAAAUGUGUGUAGUGAAUUUCAUCAUACCUUCUGGGCUCAUUCUCAACAUCAGAUUUACUGAAUUCAACCUCGAUUCAAAUUGCUUAGCUGAGUCUGUUAUGUUGAGUGCUCCCGUUGCAGGGGAUACAACGUUCUGCAGCAACACCAUAAUGUUACCAGCCAGUGUGACCUACACAGCGGAUAGCACACUCACAUUACUCUACCUCACCGACAGUGACAUAAGCAACUCGCCAUACUACUUUGCUGAGUUCAUGUUUAUUUCAAUAUCACCGUAAUAGUACUCGAUAUUGAGAACCUGGAAUCGGAUGAGCUAUGAACUUCAAAAACGAGAGAAGAGACACCGUUUCUAAGGUUAUUUAUUGGAAAAUAAAAUGCUCAAUUUAGUAACUGCUGGUGUAUUUUAUUGUCUUUCAUGACUAGUUUUUGUUGAUGACAAAAAUUUCUAGGGAAAUGUAAAUUAUGAAUGAUAUAUAUAUUGUUGAAUAUGGUGCCCAAAGUGUACAUGUAUGUGUUUAUUUACUUAUGUUAUAAACUUUAAGCUCUACUAUUUCUCUGUGUGUUGUAUUCAUACAUUGGCAAGUUGCUACCAAAUGGGUGGUGAGUCUAUGGCCAGUAUCCCGAAGUACGGUGUAACUUUAAUUUAGACCAUGGUCUAACUCUGGGCUGAAAUUAUGGGGAGCCAAAAAUAUCAACACCUUUGUUUUAAUUAUAUAUUUCCAAUGUGUACUUACUCAUUUGUCAUGCUUUAAUGAUGAAGAAAUUGUUUUUAGCUUUUACUUUCACAUCUGAAUUAUUUGAGUGUCAAAUGAUCUUAUAAAUUAGGCCCAGGUACCUUUUAGAGAUUUGUGUCACAGUUGUCUCACAAUAAACUUCAGUGGCAACUGGCCUUUCUGAGGAUACAGCAUUCCAGAUCUGACAAAAAGGAGAGUGUAGAACAAAAACUCUAUCAUUUGAAAGAUCUCUAAAAGAGCAACAAAAUGUAUUCAUGUUCCAUGUCGAGAACUUUAUAUAUAUAGAUUUUAUCAGUUUAUCUUUGACUUUUAACAUUGUCUUUACUAGUACACCUUUCUUUGUAAUAUACUAUGGGACUUAAUUAACAUUUUCCCGCUAUUAUAAUUUUCAUUUUUAUUUCUAAAUGAUUUCAUUUUAUCAUAUUAUGAAUUAACAAUUACCUUGAUAAGUUUGUUUUAUAUCUUAUGUUAUGUACAAUGUUAUGUAGGUGUAGGUCCAUGUAGCAUAUUUGUUCAUAUUCAUGUUAUAUAUCUAGUAUUCUACAGAAUUUAUGAAAAUAUAGAACAUUUUCAAUGUGAAACCAAUUGUCAAUUUUAUAAUACACCACAUCAUACAUUAACAAAACAUUGUCACCAAAAGUUGGAUAGUUGAAAUCAUUUUCCUUUGAAUAAAUGAUGUCGGAAUGCCAUUUAAUGGUGCUGCACGUGGUUCAUGUGAUUCUAUAUACAAGCCUGAUCAUCCACCAAAUAGGAUGAUUUUAAUUUGAAUGUUUAUAAUUCAUAUGGAAUCUGAUCAAUUUUUAUAUUUCUGUUAUUUUAUUGGAUAUUGUAUUGAAACGUGUUGACAAUAAAGAAUUAAUCAAUAUUUUA